CCGGGAGCGGAGCAGAUGGCGGCGGCGGUUGUAGUAGCGCGGGCGUACGAGGCGGCGGCGCGGUCCGCGCUCGCGGCGCUGGAGCGCAACCUCCUGCCGGACGCGGUCACCCGGCGGCUCACGCGCCUCCUGCUCGCGCAGCGCCUCCGCCUCGGCUACCUCCCCUCCGCGCCGCUCCAGCUGCAAGACCUCGUCCUCUUCGCGCACUCUCUUGAAGGCAUGCCCAUUGCAAUCGAAACGGACAAAGCUAAAACCCAACACUACGAGUUGCCGACCACAUUCUUCAAGCUAGUGCUCGGAAAACACCUGAAAUACAGUUCAUGUUACUUCCCUGAUGAUUCAAGCACCCUAGAAGAUGCUGAGGUUGCGAUGUUGGAGUUGUAUUGUGAGAGAGCUCAAGUUCAAGAUGGUCAAAGCAUUCUUGAUGUUGGAUGUGGAUGGGGAUCCCUCUCUGUGUACAUAGCAAAGAAAUAUCGGAACUGCAGCAUUACAGGGAUAUGCAACUCAACAACACAAAAAGCUUUUAUAGAAGAGAGGUGUAGGUAAGUGCAGCGGUUUUGGUUCUGAUAAUGCC